UGAUGCUGGUUUUAUCGAAUGACACUGAUCUGCAGUGUGUGUGUGUGUGUGUGUGUGUGUGUGUGUGUGUUUAGGUGAAUAAUAUGUAUCUAGAGGAUGUGAUGCAUGAAGACGCUGUAGCGGUGCUGAAAAACACAGGAGACGUGGUUUAUCUGAGAGUAGCCAAAACUCUUCAUCAUCAUCAAGACGCCUACAAUCCUCCUGACAUCACCAGCUCGUAUUCUCCUCAUAUGGACAUGUCUGAUUACCCACAAGCCCUCAGUCCCUCGUCUCCACGCCGUUACUCCCCCAUCCCUAAAGCUCUGCUGCUGGGGGACGAGGACAUUCCCAGGGAGCCGCGGCGAGUGGUCAUUCUCAGGGGUUCAACGGGUUUGGGCUUCAAUAUCGUGGGAGGUGAGGAUGGUGAGGGGAUCUUCAUCUCCUUCAUCCUGACAGGAGGAGCCGCUGAUCUGAGCGAAGAGCUGAGGAAAGGAGAUCAGAUCCUGAGCGUGAAUGGUGUGGAUCUGCGUCAUGCGACUCAUGAACAGGCAGCGGCGGCGCUGAAGAGUGCAGGACAGACGGUCACCAUCAUCGCACAGUACAGACCAGAGGAGUACAGCAGGUUUGAGGCGAAGAUUCACGACCUGCGGGAGCAGCUGAUAAACAGCAGUUUAGUUUCUGCAGCGGCAUCAUUACGGAGCAGCAAGAGAAGCUUCUUCAUCAGGGCUCUGUUUGACUACGAUAAGACGGCGGAUGGUGGGUUCCUGUCGCAGGCGCUGAGCUUCAGGUUUGGAGACGUUCUGCAGGUGUUUGACUGCAGUGAUGAGGAAUGGUGGCAGGCCGGAAAACUGACUCCACACGGAGAGCUGGAGGAGACCGGAUACAUUCCCAGCAAGAGGAGGUGGAAUUUUGAUAUUUCUGUUGUGUGUGUGUGUGUGUGUGUGUGUGUGUGUGUUUCAGGACGCAGCGAAUACGUCGUCAGCUAUGAGACGGUGAUUCAGGCUGAAGUGCACUACGCGCGUCCCGUCAUCAUCCUCGGGCCGAGCAAGGACCGCGUCAAUGACGAUCUGCUCUCCGAGUUCCCCGACAAGUUCGGCUCCUGCGUCCCACACACGACGCGGCCCAAGCGCGAGUACGAGGUGGACAGCCGCGACUAUCACUUCGUGCCGUCACGUGAACAGAUGGAGAAAGACAUUCAGAGUCACCGGUUCAUCGAGGCCGGACAGUACAACAACCACCUGUACGGCACCAGCGUCCAGAGCGUCAGACAGGUGGCAGAACAGCAGGGGAAGCACUGCAUCCUGGAUGUUUCAGCGAAUGCAGUGAGGAGGUUACAGGCCGCCCAACUUCACCCCAUCGCCAUCUUUAUACGACCCUCAUCCCUGCAGAACAUACUGUGAGUCUGUGAGUGUGUGUG